GAGGCGCAGGGGGCCUCCCUGGCGCAAGACGCGAACGGGGCGCCGGAGUGUAACAUACUGCUGGUGGAGAUCCCGCCGGUGGGCGCCAGGCGUUCGUGCCUGCGCCUCCUGGACGAGUGGAUCAACAUCGACUCGUUUCGGGCCGGCUGCGCCGACUGGUGCGCGGAGGCCUCGUGCGCCCCCUGGGUGAACGGCAGCCGCGAGGGGCAGCUCGAGGCGCCGUGGAGUGACCUGGCCUUUCACCUGGUCUCGCUGCCCUGGAAGCUGCUGUUCACUCUGGUGCCCAGCACGUCGCUGUUCGGCGGCAAGCUCUGUUUCAUGAUGUGCCUCGCGUGGAUCGGGCUCCUGACAGGAG